CACCUUACUUCCGGCCGCGGCCAGGCGGUUGCGGGCGGCGGGUCCCCGCGGGCUGUCAGGCGCGGGUCGGGCCCGCGGCGGCCGGCGGCCAUGAACUUCUCCGAGGCGUUCAAGCUCUCCAGCCUGCUCUGCAGGUUCUCCCCGGACGGCAAGUACCUGGCCUCCUGUGUCCAGUACCGGUUAGUCGUCCGGGACGUGAGCACCUUGCAGAUCCGUCAGCUGUACACCUGCCUGGACCAGAUCCAGCACAUAGAGUGGUCGGCAGACUCCCUCUUCAUCCUCUGUGCCAUGUACAGACGGGGGCUUGUGCAGGUCUGGUCUCUGGAGCAGCCAGAGUGGCACUGCAAGAUCGACGAGGGCUCUGCAGGGCUGGUGGCCUCGUGCUGGAGCCCAGACGGGCGCCACAUUCUGAACACAACAGAAUUCCAUCUGCGGAUAACUGUCUGGUCCCUGUGUACAAAGUCCGUGUCUUACAUCAAGUAUCCCAAAGCCUGUCAGCAGGGGGUCACUUUCACCAGGGAUGGCCGCUACAUGGCCUUGGCAGAGAGGCGGGACUGCAAGGACUAUGUGAGCAUCUUCGUGUGCAGCGACUGGCAGCUCCUGAGGCAUUUCGAUACAGAUACCCAGGACCUGGCAGGGAUCGAGUGGGCCCCGAACGGUUGUGUGCUGGCAGUGUGGGAUACCUGCUUGGAGUAUAAGAUCCUGCUAUAUUCCCUGGAUGGCCGCCUGCUGUCUGCCUACUGUGCUUACGAGUGGUCCCUGGGCAUCAAGUCGGUGGCUUGGAGCCCCAGCAGUCAGUUCCUGGCAGUGGGGAGCUACGACGGAAAGGUGCGCCUCCUUAAUCAUGUGACUUGGAAAAUGAUCACCGAGUUCGGGCAUCCUGCAGCCAUCAACAACCCCAAGAUAGUUGUGUAUAAGGAAGCGGAGAAGGGCCCACCGCUGGGGCUGGGCCGCCUGUCCUUCCCGCCACCCCUACCACUGGUGGCCCCCCUCUCAGCCUCAGAGAGCAAAUAUGAGAUCGCCUCUGUGCCAGUUUCCCUGCAGACCCUGAAGCCGGCCACCGACAGAGCGAACCCUAGGAUGGGCGUGGGGAUGCUGGCUUUCAGUGCUGACAGCUACUUCCUGGCCACAAGGAAUGACAAUGUCCCCAACACCGUCUGGGUCUGGGACAUCCAGAAGCUCAGGCUCCUCGUGGUGCUGGAGCAGCUGGCCCCCGUGCGCUCUUUCCUGUGGGACCCACAGCAGCCUCGGCUGGCCAUCUGCACAGGCGGCAGCAAGGUCUACCUGUGGUCGCCGGCGGGCUGCGUGUCGGUGCAGGUGCCUGGGGAGGGUGACUUUCCGGUGCUUUCUCUGUGCUGGCAUUCAAGUGGGGACUCCUUGGCCCUCCUCAGUAAGGAUCACUUCUGUCUCUGUUUCCUGGGCACUGAAGAGGGGGUCCACACAGCUUUGGAACAACGGGACAGCCAUGCGUAGGCCCUGGUGGAACCCUCAGCAGGGACUCCAUGUCCCUGAUCUGGGAAGGAAGAGGUUCCCCUGGGAGCUCUCCGGCUGUGAUGUGCUGGCUCAGUGACUUGACUCUGAUUUUCUGUAGCAAGGGGGUUUUGUAAAUAUGUGUGGUAUAAAGCUGUAAUUUUCAUUAUUUAAAAUAAAUAUUUGCUAAUUGAA